UGUGAGGAAAUGGCAAAUAUAGCAAUGCAGAAAUACUGGAAACCAGUUGCCAAAGAACCUGUUGGAAUAGAGCACCCUCAACCAGAAACUUUCCUCCCAGAUGGUCAAUCUGAGUCCAACAUGACACACCUCAGUGUUUCCAAAGGAAAUGUGAAUACUUGCAUGUACAAGAAGCCAUGCGUCUCCAAACACAAAAAGGAGGAGGUAUAUGCCUCUUGUAUUGGGGGACCCAAUUUCUUCUGGUGUCAGUACGCCAACACGGAGGAGCUCAGUGAAGUAUCAAGGCUUGCUCAGGAAGCAGCGCACACACACCAGGACACAACGUUCCUAGAGACUCUUGGUCCUGGCAGUCCAUGCCUUGCUCUGUUUUCCAGUGACAACGAGUGGUAUCGAGCUCAAGUACUUAGCAGAGUUGAUGAUGAAUUCAAUGUUGUGUUUAUUGACUAUGGAAAUGAAUGUGACAUUAACAUCAAGAAUGUAAGAUCACUGCCUCAGAGUCUACUGGAGAAGGCUCCUCAGGCCUUUCUGUGCUCUUUGAAUGGAUUUAAUGAGUCCAAGGGCUCCUGGGAGGAUGAAGGUUACGAUGAGUUCUACAAUCUCCUGGUUGAUAAACAACUGAGAGUGGUGGUAAUCUACACAGAGGAUCAUUCAGAGAUUGCAGUUCCUCAGUAUGCAGUAGAGAUUGAGUGUGAGGGAAUGGCUGUAAAUGCAGCAAUGCAGAAAUACUGGAAACCAGUCGCCAAAGAAUCUGUUGGGUUAGAACACCCUCAAGCAGAAACCUUUCUACAAGAUGGUCAAUCGGAGUCCUACAUGACACACCUCAGUGUUUCCGAAGGAAAUGUGAAAAAUUGCAUGUACAAGAAGCCAAUUAUCUCCAAAAACAAAAAGGAGGCGGUAUAUGCCUCUUGUAUUGGGGAUCCCAAUUUCUUCUGGUGUCAGUACGCCAACACGGAGGAGCUCAGUGAAGUGUCAAGGCUUGCUCAGGAAGCAGCACACACACAACAGGACACAACGUUUCCUGAGACUCUUGGUCCUGGCAGUCCAUGCCUUGCUCUGUUUUCCAGUGACAAACAAUGGUAUCGAGCUCAAGUAAUUAGCAGAGUUGAGGAUGCAUUCAAUAUUGUGUUUAUCGACUAUGGAAACGAGUGUGAUGUUAACAUCAAGAAUGUGAGACCUCUGCCUCAGACUCUGCAGGAGAAGGCUCCUCAGGCUUUUCUGUGCUCUUUAUAUGGAUUUGAUAAGUCCAAAGGCUCCUGGGAUGACAAAGGUUAUGAUGAGUUCUACAAUCUGGUGGUUGAUAAAGAACUAAGAGUGACAGUGUUUAACACAGAGGAUCAUCCAGAGCUUUCCGUUCCUCGGUAUGCAGUGGAACUUGAGUGUGAGGGAGUGGUUGUGAAUACACUGAUGGAGAAAUACUGGAAACCAGUUGCCAAAGAAUGUGUUUCGAUAGAACACCCUGAAACCGAAACUUUCCUCGAAGCGGGUCAAUCGGAGUCAAACAUGACACACUUACGUCUGUCCAAAGGAAAUGUGAAUACUUUCAUGUACAAGAAGCCAUGCGUCUCCAAACACAAAAUGGAGGAGGUAUAUGCCUCUUGUAUUGGGGGACCCAAUUUCUUCUGGUGUCAGUACGCCAACACGGAGGAGCUCAGUGAAGUAUCAAGGCUUGCUCAGGAAGCAGCACAUGCACACCAGGACACAACGUUCCUAGAGACUCUUGGUCCUGGCAGUCCAUGCCUUGCUCUGUUUUCCAGUGACAACGAGUGGUAUCGAGCUCAAGUACUUAGCAGAGUUGAUGAUGAAUUCAAUGUCGUGUUUAUUGACUAUGGAAAUGAAUGUGACAUUAACAUCAAGAAUGUAAGAUCACUGCCUCAGAGUCUACUGGAGAAGGCUCCUCAGGCCUUUCUGUGCUCUUUGAAUGGAUUUAAUGAGUCCAAGGGCUCCUGGGAUAAUGAAGGUUACGAUGAGUUCUACAAUCUCCUGGUCAAUAAACAACUGAGAGUGGCAGUAAUACACACAGAGGAUCAUCCAGAGAUUGCAGUUCCUCAGUAUGCAGUAGAAAUUGAGUGUGAGGGAGUGGUUGUGAACACACUGAUGGAGAAAUACUGGAAAGGACAGGCUACAGACCAUGCCUUGGCAAAAAGUUUGUGAUCAGAUCUGGACCCAGAUGAAUACCCAUGUUGCCCAACCCAGUUGUGACAGAGCAAUCUUGGCUGUUAACUGAAAAUGUACUGAUUUGUUGGUAAACUACAUUUAAUAAAAUUUCUGACUAAAUGAAAUAAAGUGUAAUACGUUCAUAACUUGUGUCAAUAAACGUACAGUAGUUGCAUGAAAGAAUAAGAGGCUUAAGUUUUUAAAUUGAUAACAUUGGAACUGGCUUUGUUGCAGGCUGUGUUACUGUAGUUAUGCAAAACAUCUUGUUCUUCAACAUUAACUAUGUUGAGUUUUACAGUC